UUUUAGCUUCCUGGUUAUUCUGUUUUUUCUAUACGUAAGCAAGAAACUUUCGAUCAACUCUGCCAGUCAAGCAUCAUACCUGGACUCUGAACUAAGGAACAACAAGGAUUCCAAAGGUAAGGUUCUACCUCGGAUUGUUUUUCCAGUUGUAUAAAUGAUGAACACAUUCCUAUGGCAUAUCUGUUCCUAGACAUCCAGUUUUGAAAAGUGAUAUUUCGUAUUUUAAAAAUUUCUGUAAAUUGUGUGUGUGUGCGUAUGGGUGUGUGUAUGUAUAGCCAUAUGAAAGGGGUGUCUAAUAUUAAUAUGAUUUUAAAAUUAAUAUGAUUUUAAGGGAAUUGUAAGCUGACUCAUGGAGAAUAACUGAAAUCAAUUAACUGUUAGGAAUUUAAAUAAUCUGAGACAAUGAAACUAAGUUAUUGUUGGUAAAUUGUAAUUAUAUGACACAGAUCAAGCUUGUUAUAGUAUGUUCGAGGGUUAAUAGUUGCACGUUUUUCUGCUGUAAAUUACUGCACGUACUAUUUUCAUCAUGAAGUCAAUAUGCAGUUUGAGGUUCUCUAAAAGUAUAGGUAUAGUCCCAUGGCUGGAAUGAAAUUUUCAUGUAAAAAGCUGUUUUCUGAAAAAAAUUAAUACAUUACUUCAAAUUUAUCAUACUUCCUGAAUAUAAUGUUUCUGGAAAAUGAUUUUGGCAGCAAAUAAUCAUCAUAUCCUGGCACAGUGUGGCUGUAACCGUAUCUCCUUGUCCUGUCUUACUAAUUAUGUCCAUGCAUUUACAUGGAAGCCAUCCAAAUCAGCCUCAGGAUGCCACUUACACAAGACUCCAAUACUCUACCCAUGGUUUCCAUGACGAUCUGAAAAAAAGACAACUGGACAUUUCCUCAGUGAGCCAGAGCUCAGGAGACACUCUGCAGGCCACAUGGAAUUUUUUUGGAACUUUCAGCAGAACCUGCCCUCUAUCUCCUCUAUCCUCAAUCCUGUCACCAGUGCCAUGGGUGACCUGGCUGAUGUCAUGGGAGAUGCUACAUAUGCUGUAAGCGACCAGCUGACAGAGCAGAUCAUGAUCAUCAAGAGCAAGGUGCAGCUCAGCCAGCAGGAAGAGGUUGCUACGGUACAGAUGUGCAAACCUGGGGCAGACGACCGCCAACCGAGAUCACAAGCCAUGACUAAUACCACUCACCCCCUGGGAGUCUAUGCAAACUCUGACUGCCUGCAGUCCACUGGAAAGACUGUAAUGGGGGAUUCGGAUAUCCCAGAGAAGGGAACCUUAAAAAUAGGUGAUGCUAUUCAUGCAUCUCAUUUAGAAGAGCAAACGCAAGAAGAGGAAGUGUCCUUUCAUAUUUGCAAAGACAAAUACCAAAAAAAUAGUAUCAACUCCCAAGGCCAUGUAUUGGACCAGGCAGUCUUGAAGAAAUCCCAAGACUCCAGAAUUCUGGAUCCAGUUGGGAAAGAGAAAAACUUAUCAUCCACCAUGAGGGAUUAUGAUGCUGAGAUAGAGGUAGUGGGCAGAAGGCCAAUUCCAUGCGAUGACCGGCUAGGUCAACCAUUACCCUGUUCCCUUCAUGUUAAAGACAACAAUAGAUGGUCAAGCGAAAAGAACAAAACGAGUUCUAAUGUGAACAGCACCGUGCAUGGGAAUCCGGUAAGAGAGAACAUGCCAGAAUGCAUUCGAAGGAACCAAGAAGAGUCACGUAAAGUGGAUUCAGGGAGAUUCACAGAAAAGAGAGAGAAAGCAAAUCCAGCAAUUGAGAAAGAUCUUCUAGGCUCUUCCUCAGAUAGUGAGGAUGAGGAGAGAAGACGGCACCUGGAGGGCGUACAGCGAUGGGGGGCACCUUGGCCCCGGCAGGACUUUUACUCGGAGCCGAGACCAAAGUACAGCCCUCUGUCAGCCGAGAGCAAGAGCUACAGCAGCAGAGACUCCACUGGAGAGGCCAAUGGCAUCCAGAGGAUGAGGCGAAUCCCCCCACUGGAUGAGCUGCAGCCCCCCCCAUAUCAGGAUGAGGAAGGGUCUCCGUGCAUGCCCUGCAUGCCUUCUGACGCAGGUGUCACCCACUGUAGGCCGUCCCGCGAGGCUGGCUGUAGGGCUCUCAGCAGAACCCGGGAGCUGUCGCUCAGCGAAGCCAGCGCUGACCUGGAGAUGGAGAACUACUUAACCAAGGGCUACGAAGAGGAUAUUCCUAGUGACAGCACCGCGGUCCUCAGCCCACAGAAUGCUCCAGUCUGUGGGGCGGCCCUACAGUUCCCCAUAGGCUAUGAGCCAGAACCCCUGGCCAAGUAUGGCACUCUGGAUGUGGCUUUCGACUACGACGCCCGGGAACAGCGGCUGGCGGUGACGGUGACGGCCGCCACGGACAUCCCGGCCCUCUGCAGCGCCGGCAACGUGGCCUGGCAGGUACACCUGGUACUGCUGCCCACCAAAAAGCAGCGGGCCAAGACGGGCGUGCAGAGGGGACCCUGUCCAGUCUUCACUGAGACGUUCCGCUUCAGCCCCGUGGAGCAAGAUGCCAUCGGGAACUAUGCCGUGCGCUUCCGUCUUUACAGCGUGCGACGUAUGCGCACCGAGAAGGUGCUGGGCGAGAAGGUCUUCCACCUCACCAAGCUCAACCUGCAGGGCAAGGUAGCCCUGCCUGUCACUCUGGAGCCUGGGUGUGUCCCCACGGGCUGCGGCUCGCUGGUGAGCAUAACCCGCAGCGAUGGCACGCCGUCCUUCCGCUCGACAGGACACGCCCCCGCCGCCGCUGAGAUCCUCGUGGGGCUCAUUUAUAACGCCGCCACGGGCUGCCUCUCUGUGGAGGUCAUCAAGGGUAGCCACUUCAAAAACAUGGCUGCCGAGAAGCCGCCCAACACAUAUGUGAAACUGACAAUGCUGAACUCAAUGGGACAACCCAUGUCCAAAUGCAGGACGUCUGUGUCCCGAGGCCAGCCUGACCCCACGUACCAGGAGACCUUUGUGUUCCAGGUGACACUUUUCCAGCUGUCGGAGGUCACGCUGGUCCUGUCUGUCCACUGCAAGCGUGGAGGCAUGAGUCGGAGGGGACGCCUGGGCUGGCUCUCCAUGGGCCUUAACAGCUCCGGGGAGGAGGAGCUCUCACACUGGGCCCAGAUGAAGGAGACUGAGGGUCAGCAGGUAUGCAGGUGGCACUCACUCCUGGAGUCCUAGCAGGAGAUGAGUUGACAGCAAAGCCAACGGCUCUGGAGGCGUCAGACAAGGCUGCCUGGAGAAUUACCCAGGAAGAACCUUAUAAGAAAGUUUGCCUGUUAUUUGGUUUUAGUCUUAUUUCGAAUUAAACAGCGAAAGCAUCAGGAUCGGAGGUAGGGGUACGUUCAGCAUAUCUUCGCAUCUGACCUCAGCCCUAAAGCAGCCACUUGCCAGGACUGGAGAAGAACUGAAAUUAUCAUCGUGCAUCUGAACUGCAACUGAGGCACAGACAUUUAGAAUCAUACACUGAUUAUUAAAAUAAUUGGUCUGAAGGGGAAUUUAGUCAGAUGAAGAAAUUCAUAUCAUUACCUGCAUAAUAUAUGGUCAGAUGACGGAGGAUUGGAAGCUGUAACUAAGGGCUGCUGUCUUUAGCACAUAUCAAAGCAAUACUCAGUCUCUGUCAUGGCCACAGUGGCUUAGGUAUGCUCUGGAUAUUACUGUUUACUGUGAUGAAAGAAUAUGUGUUUAUUGUUAUGCUGUCAGGCAGGCAGCAUGUUUGGAUGUUAUUAGUGCUCUCUGUUGGUGAAAAGUAACAAAAAACAUUACAACAGGACAGGCUGUUUGGCCUUGGUGGAGGCUGAUAUCCACAGAUAGUAUCUCUUUCUGGUAACUUUCUUUUCAUAAUCUCUGCUCUCUCUUUCAGGUAAUGCAUUACAUUUAAGAGUGAUAACCAAAUUAUUGUUGCAUUCUUUGACUUUGUAACAGAAUUUUCUUACCUAUUUUUAUAUUCUGAUAAAUUACAGCUCUGUGAGCAUAUAGUUAAACACAUGCUACAGUCUGUCUAUUUAUUACUUGCAUUAUACUUUUUUUCAUCCUGUCAUUUUUCAGAGAAAACAACAAAUAAAAUAAA